CCCGGAUAUUAAGUUGCUACAUUCAAUUCUAAUCGUAUCGGCCUUGCGAUGAUGGAGCCGUCGUCCGGCCCGAGUGCCGGGUCUCCGUCCCCGGACCUCGCCGCCUUCCUGCAGCAACACCCAACCCUGCAGCCAUGCGGCAACAACCGGGUGAGUGUGAGGUGAAAUGUUCCCUGACUGGGCACGAAUUGCCAUACCGGUUGGCUGAUUUACAGGCCUACACAAAGGGCAAGAAGUACCAGCGCCUGAUGAUGAAAGAGCCAUUUAACUACAAUCAAUUCGAGCCACACAUCGUGCCCAGCACAAAAAAUCCACAGCAGCUGUUCUGCAAGUUAACAAUCCGCCAUAUUAACAAGAUUCCACAACACAUCCUCCGCCAUGUGAAUGGGAAACGGUAUCAAAGAGCGCUGAAGAAAUAUGAGGAGUGUGUAGCUCUUGGGGUUCCCUUUGUCCCAGCGUGCCUGUCCCAAAAGAAAAAUCGGAAGCGAGAAUCUGAUGAGGAACCUCACCACAAACCUAAGUUCUGGGAGCCCGAUGAGAGUGGAGGGAGUGAGAGUGACCACUCAGAUGACAGUCUUAGUGACCUGUACCCAGAGCACUUGUUUAGCAGACAAGAGGCAACAAGGGAAGAGGCUGAAAUGAAUGAACAUCUCCCAGGCAAGCAUGAUGACGAUGAUGAUGAAAAAAUGGAGGUUGUGGCACCAUUGCCAAGGAAACGGAAAAGUACACAACAGAAUCCUUUUAUUAAGAAGAAAUUGAAGAAAGGACCCACUGGAAAAUCUAACAACAGCAUAAAGUUUUAGAAAAGACAAAGCUGGAAAAUGGAACUGAUUCUGGGAAAUUACAUUUUCUACAUGUCUGCUGUCACGCAGGAUGCAUGUUGUUCAUUGUACAGUUUUUGUAUAGAAAGUAAAGCAGAUCCAGUAAAUGCAAAAGGUUGAGUUUUUUUCCCACGUGGUCUUUGGACUGCAGUGAAGAAUGUUAUUUCACCUGUUUUGCGACGAUGCUGAAUCUCACUAGGGUCUUGACGCAGGUUACCAUGUUAUUGGACCAGUAAUCCAAAAGUCUGGAUUUAGAGCCAGAGACUCAGUUCAAAUCAAACUACUGCAGUUGGGGAAUUUAAAUUCAGCCAAUAAAAGCAGAAAUAAGAAUUUGCUAUUAAAAACUGCCCAUGUAAAUUACAUAUUCUCACAAAAUCUUAUCUAAUAUUCUUAAGGCAAAA